AUGAACGGUUCAUACGGUAAUACAAAUUUUAUUGUACGUCUUCGUGGUUUACCAUGGAAUACGACACAAACUGAAGUUCAAAAUUUUCUUCAAGGUUGUAAAAUUCGUCAAACAAAUUUUGUAACUAAUGAUCAAGGUCGAGUUACUGGAGAAUGUUUUGUUGUAUUAGAAUCAAAUGAAGAUGUUGAUCUUGCAAAAAGUUUUCAUCAAAAAAAUCUUGGCAGUCGUUAUAUUGAAGUAUUUGAAUCUAAUGCUGAUGAAAUGGCACAAAUGACAAAAAAUACAAAUAUAAAUACACAUCAAAAUAGUGAUAGUAAUUCUUCAAAUACAACUAAUGAUAAUUGGCGUGAACCAGUUGUUCGUUUACGUGGUUUACCAUAUAAUUCAAGCAAAGAAGAUGUUACACGUUUUUUUGAUGGACUCGACAUAGCUCAGAAUGGUGUUCACAUCUCCUCCAGCAAACCGGCAGGCGAGGCUUUCGUCGCUUUUAUGAACAUGGACAAUGCCCUACGAGCUUUGGAAUUCAACCGCAUGAAUAUGGGGCAUCGCUAUAUCGAAGUAUUCAAAUCGACAUAUGCUGAAGCUCGUGCCUCAAUCAUGAAUGAUACACAAUCAAUGGCACGACAACGUGGUAGUGGACCUAAUCAAAAUUAUGGACAACAACGACAAGAAAAUUUUGGUGGUUAUGGUCGUAGUAUGAGUGGAGGUAGUAGUGGUGGUGGUAAUAAUAGUGGAUAUAAUAAUAAUAGUAUGAAUCAAUAUGAUGGUCCACCACAAAAUAAUUACAAUUAUGGUGGAAAUGGCAAUGGUGGUAAUAAUUAUCCGAUGAAUAAUCAAAUGAGUGGUACUAGUAAUAGUAGUGGUGGUGCAAUGAAACGUCCAAUGGCUGUAUCAUUUACUAUGAAAAUACGUGGUGUACCAUUUGAAGCUGGUGAAAAAGAAGUUUUUGAAUUCUUCAGUCCUGUUGUACCUAUUCGACUUGAACAAGAAAAUACACCACGUGGUAAACCACCAAUAUGGUAUGCAGAAUUUGGUUCACGUGAAGAAGCAACUGAAGCUUUGACGUUUCAUAAAAAAUAUAUGGGAACACGAUAUAUUGAAUUAUUACCAUUAUAUGAUGAUGGCAAUCGAUCAAAAAUGAUGGCAACACCUACACCUGAAGAACUUGAUCGACAACUCGAUGAAUUCAUCGAUAAACUUGUCGAAGACAAAGAUCAUCUACCAGCGGGUGAACUUGAUGAUGCUUUUUGGAAAGAUUUAGAACGGCAUCCAUUCUUUCUUAAAGAAAUGCCAGAUGAUGGUGCUGAACUUCAUCCAGCUAUGGAAGCUUUACAAGCAUUGAAAUGGGAUGAUGAUGAUGAUACACCUUUAGAUAAAGCAAAUAAAUAUAAAGAAGAAGGCAAUAAAUAUUAUGAAUAUAAAAAAUAUCGUAAUGCAAUAAUUGCUUAUACUGAAGGUAUAAAACAACGUUGUUCAGAUCCUACAAUAAAUGCUAUAUUAUUUUGUAAUCGAGCAACAGCUAAUUUUUAUUUGGGUAAUUAUCGUUCGGCAUUACGUGAUUGUGUAUUAUCACGAAAAUGUAAAUCUGAUCAUCUCAAAGCUUUUAUUAAAGGUGCUGAAGCAUGUAUGAAACUUGAAAAAUAUAAAGAUGUUCAAAUAUGGUGUUCAACUGGUUUAACAAAAGAAAAAGAACGUAAUGAACGAAAACAACAAGGUCGUGAAAGAAAACAAAAAAGUGAACAUACUAAAGUUCUCAAUGCUAUUCGACAACGAAAUAUUCAUUUAGAAGAAGAUCCAACUAUUGAUAUAUUUAAUAUUAGUACAAAUCCAGCUGGUAGUUGUGUACAAUUAAAUGAAUCUGAUCAAACAUUAACAUUUCCUGUUGUUUUUCUUUAUCCGGAAUACGCACAAACCGAUUAUAUUAAAGAAUUUCAUGAAAAUACAAAACUUAUCGAUCAAUUAUCGGUUAUGUUUGAAUCUCGUGCACCUUGGGAUGAAGAAGGAAAAUAUACAUUAAAUCAAAUUGGAAUCUAUUAUGAAGAUCAAAAUAAACAUGAAUUAAAAACGGUUUCAUCUGAUAAAACAUUACUUGAAGUACUACAAUUACCAGGAUUUGUUAUUCAACUUGGUAUGCCAAGUUUUAUUAUUAUGGUUCCGAAUUCACCAUUUGCUAACCAUUAUUUGAAAAUGUAUUCAACACUAUGA